GACGGUGAUCUAGCGCAAUACAAGUAUACACAGCACAAUAUUGUUACGCAUGAACCCAGCACUAUCGUGCUUUUGCCAACGAAACACCGACUUGCGCUUCCGAUUGUAAGGCAAUAAUGCUCGGCCUCGCGCCGCGGGGGGCAGCGCUGGGAAGCGCUGCACCCGUCCUACCGUCCUUGUUGCACCUGGCCCGUCAGUUCACGGAGUGGGCAACGGUCGACCCAAAAAAGCUGAGCGGCGCGGCCCCCGCAAGCUGCCAGAACCUCGUGGCGGGGCGCUGGACCGGCAGCCGGGAGUCCCGGCAGCUGCCGGACCCGCUGAACGGGGAGCCCUUCAUCUCGGUGCCGCACACACAGGUGGAUGAGAUCACCCCCUUUGUGGAGUCGCUGCGAGCGGUGCCCAAGUCCGGAUUGCACAACCCGCUGAAGAACCCGCAGCGCUACCUGCUGUACGGCGACGUGUCGUUCCGGGUGGCGGCGGAGAUGCGCAAGCCGGCCGUGGAGGACUUCUUCGCGCGCCUCAUCCAGCGCGUGGCCCCCAAGAGCUACGACCAGGCCCUGGGCGAGGUGCGCGUCACGCGCAAGUUCUUUGAGAACUUCACCGGCGACCAGGUCCGCUUCCUGGCUCGCGGCUUCACCAACCCCGGCGACCACGCCGGCCAGACCAGCAGCGGCACGCGGUGGCCGUACGGCCCCGUGGCGCUCAUCACACCCUUCAACUUCCCGCUGGAGAUCCCGGCGCUGCAGCUCAUGGGCGCCCUGUACAUGGGCAAUAAGCCGCUGCUGCACGUGGACCAGCGGGUAUCGGUUGUGGCGGAGCAGCUGGUGCGGCUGCUGGCGCACUGCGGCAUGCCCGCCUCCGACCUGGACCUGCUGCACGGCCCCGGCGCCACCGUGGGCGAGGUCAUCAAGCGGGCCGAGCCGCGCUCCACGCUGUUCACGGGCAGCCAGCGGGUGGCGGAGCGACUGGCGGUGGAGACACACGGCAAGGUGUUCCUGGAGGACGCGGGCUUUGACUGGAAGAUCAUGGGGCCGGACGUGAGCAACGUGGACUACGUGGCGUGGCAGUGCGACCAGGACGCAUACGCAUGCAGCGGCCAGAAGUGCAGUGCGCAGUCCAUCCUGUUCGCGCACAGCAACUGGGUGCAGGCGGGCCUGUUGAACAAGAUGGCGGCGGCGGCGGCGCAGCGGCAGCUCUCCGACCUGACCAUCGGGCCGGUGCUGACGUGGACCACCGAGGCCAUCCUGGCGCACACCAACAAGCUGCUGCAGAUCCCAGGUGCCAAGGUGCUGUUCGGCGGCAAGCCGCUGACCGGCCACUCCAUCCCGGCCGUGUACGGCGCCGUGCAGCCCACCGCCGUGUUCGUGCCGCUGGUUGAGGCGCUCAAGCCCGAGCACUUCGGCACAGUCACCACAGAGGUGUUCGGGCCCUUCCAGGUGGUGACGGAGUACGGCGACGGGCAGCUGCCGCUGGUGCUGGAGGCGUGCGAGCGCAUGACCCACCACCUGACCGCCGCCAUCGUGUCCAACGACAUCAACUUCAUCCAGCACGUGCUCGCACACACCGUCAACGGUACCACCUAUGCCGGCAUCCGCGCGCGCACCACGGGCGCCCCCCAGAACCACUGGUUCGGCCCGGCGGGCGACCCGCGCGGGGCCGGCAUCGGCACUCCGGAGGCCAUCCGCAUGGUGUGGUCGUGCCACCGCGAGAUCAUCACGGACUUCGGGCCCGUGCCGCCCGCGUCCGGGCUCAAGCAGUCCUAGGCAGCUAGGCGGGCAGGAAGCCGGGGUGGUGGGUGAGCAGGGUGGGUACGGCUGUGGUGUGUGUGGCGCGGUGGCACGAUGGAGCUGGGGGAGUCGGCCGGACACGAGGAGAGCUGCGGAGAGAUGGGGCAGGGCAAGGGGCAGGUUAGCGGAAUCCCGAAGUGUGCAGCGUAUUCCCACCCCACAUUCAAUUUUGCAACGGCAAGGCUGCAGAGCUGAGGGGGGGGGUGUUGUGAUAGUAUGCAAGCGCAUGCCUGCCGCGUGCGCAGGCGGCGCAAUGCAUGGUUAGGCGUGGUGUGGGUGCACAUGGUAGGGUACCGUAUUCCAGCACGCUGUAUUUUCGCCUAUCAGGCCGUAAACAGUCCGGCGCUCCCAGGUCUUUGCUUUCGAUGCUUCCAUUGCAAGCGUGCCUGGCGCCUUGCAUCUGGUGGGGAUAGAGUUGAUUUGGGGCGAUGCCGACACAGUUGCACAGCCAAGCUGUGCAGUGGCACACAGGGGUGCGCACGAUCUACGGCGUAGCGUUUAUCCCGGUGCUAGCUUGACCACAAGGGUUAUAAUGUUCGCACCGGUACCACCGCACACCGGGGUAACAUGUGGCCGAUGCCAAGGGGUCCCAGUUCUGGGCUGCUUUGAGGUGGAGCAUCCCGCAAAUCUGUAACUUCGAAUUCCG